UCUACUUAGGCGUUGAGAGAAAGAGGGGGCCUUGGUCAUCAGGAUUGGUAAACCGAUAAAUACAAUUUAACGUUAAAACCUCAUUUUUUCCUCUUAGUACAGUUUUUUUACAGUUGAAAUCAUGGCGUUCACAUUCGUUGCUUUUUGUUAUUUACUGGCGAUGCUGCUCGCAGCCGUCCUCAUAUUUUUCGCAAUAUUUCACAUUAUUGCAUUUGAUGAGUUGAAGACAGAUUACAAGAAUCCUAUCGACCAAUGCAACAGUCUGAAUCCGCUUGUACUACCAGAGUAUAUUGUGCACAUUUUCUACAAUGUCCUAUUCUUGGCAGCUGGACAGUUUGGGACGUUAGCUUUCAAUAUUCCUUUGAUUGCGUAUCAUAUUUACAGAUAUGCCAACAGGCCAGUAAUGAGCUCGCCAGGAUUGUAUGAUCCAACAACAAUCAUGAACGCUGAUGUCUUGUCAAGGUGUAUGAGAGAAGGAUGGAUCAAACUGGCAUUUUAUCUCAUUUCAUUCUUUUACUAUCUCUACAGUAUGAUUUAUGUCUUGGUGUCAUCAUCAUAAGUCAGCAAAGUACACACACAUCGCAUAAGACUAGGAAAGGGUGAAGUUAUCCUUUUCUGCUGGGGAUUAGGAUUAAGAAUCAAGAGUGGAUCAGCGAUGCCGGGGGGUUUGGGGCCUGAAGACCCCCCUUCUUAGCAUCCCUUGUGUCAUAAAAUAGGAUUUGUAUUUUGUAAAUGUAUGUGUUGAGUCUAAGUUUGUUAUAAGUGUAGUCAGUUAUUUUGUAUUCAUCACAUGCCAGAGUUUGGUGGAGUAUUUUUUUACUAGUCUUCAAUCGACUCUUAGAAGAAUGGUCCCAAUUGUCUUGGGAUCAAUACAAACUAAAUGAGCAAUACCAAAAAUAUAAAAAGCUACUUAUGAUUGAUCUUUAUUAAUCAUGCAAAUCUUUCUUGCUCCUGAAUGUAUUUACUCGACUUUGCUAAUAUUUUCACUGAUUCUUUGUUUGGAAUUAAUAACAUUUUGUAAAAAGACAAAACAUAUUUGUUAUCCUAGGUAAAAGUUGUUGUUUUUUUGUUUUGUUUUGAAAGUGGUUUGUAUGUAGGAUGUUUUGUAAGUCAACUGACAUCCAUUUUGAAACUGUGUUUCAGUGUUCAUUAAAACCAAAUCAAACUUUCUGUCCGGAGAGGGGGGGGGGGGAAUUAAAUGUUGCCCUUUUUAUUAAUAAUAGUAGGCUUCUUAUGUAGCGCCUAUAUCCGUCACUCGUUGACGCUCCUGACGCUGUAACAUAGGCCUACAGUAUUUCUUGCAAGGCAUGUGGGACUACGUUUGAAUUACGAGACCCUAUUUCUCAUUUUUGUCAGUUGUAACAUCUUUUUGUCUGUUAAUCUGUUACACCAAGGAAGGCAUAUUUUGGUAUCAAGUAAGUACUGGUAUGUUAAACUUAAAUUUUAAUUCCAAGUUUGCAAGUUGUAAACAUUGGUAUUGCUGUAUGUAGAAAUGAAUUCAAUUGAUUUUCAUGUAGAUGUUUCUUGUACCUUCUUUCAAAUGGUAUCUCUUAGCCUUGUUUGGGGCAAGCUUUCAUGAAGCUCAUUUUCAUUCAUGGACUAAUUAAGCAGCUUUAAUAUGUUCCAAACAAAAUAUAUAUUGGCCAUCAACAGUUGAUGCUGAGACUUAUUUAGAAUGGGUUACAAGGUAAUUAUUGAUUCUUUCAACUAAUAAAUUGCUCUUUAAUUUGCUUAACUCAUGAAUUUCAGUUGUGGGAAUUAGCCCAGUUCUAAUGCAAUAUUGGGGAUGCAAACUAUCUGUAUGCAUUUGUGUAAGGAAUGUUAUGGAGCGAGGCUAAGUUAGCUGAUGCUGGAAGGCAGACCUGUAAUUGUAUAACUAGCUCUCCGUUUAAGUUUUAAAAGUAGAGAUAGUGUAGAAGAAUUGAGAGUGUACUUGUUUCAUGUGCACUUGUGAACAUUUACCGUGAGUUUAAAGACUUCAUUCUAUUGAACCCUCUAACCCUCUUGGUACUGUCUGACCAUUCAAUAUCAUCCACUGUGGUUUAAAAUGUAGAUGUACUAUGUCAUCCUGCAAUAUGAUAUCAUGUGGUGAAUGCAUCUGACACAGUACACAGUCAACCCUCCUACUGUCUGACCAUUCAAUA